ACGAACGCCCUUCAACUGUCCAAAUCCGAAGCCACCCAAAUUCCGGUUAGGCUUCUCUCCGAGAUCGCCAACCACGAUGAACAAACGCUGCCAAAGCCUUACUCGAAUCCUCAAAUCUGUCAGUAGAUCCUUCUCUUCUUCAUCUUCCUCCACCUCCGCCUCUGCUACCUCCUCCCAAUUCCCCCGCACUUUGGCCGGUCUCCGGGAACGACUCGCCGCCGAGUCCCCCUCACUUUCCGACUUCGUUGACUUGCAAUCUUCUGAUUCGUAUUCUGUGGAAGUUGGUACGAAGAAGAAGCCCCUUCCUAAACCUAAAUGGAUGAAGGAAUCGGUGCCUGGUGGUGAGAAGUAUGUUCAAAUUAAGAAGAAGCUCCGCGAAUUGAAGCUUCAUACGGUUUGUGAGGAGGCUAAAUGCCCUAAUUUAGGGGAAUGCUGGUCUGGUGGAGAAACCGGCACUGCCACUGCUACGAUUAUGAUUCUUGGCGAUACUUGUACCCGUGGUUGCAGGUUCUGUAAUGUGAAGACUUCACGGACUCCACCUCCACCAGACCCAAAUGAGCCGACAAAUGUUGCUGAGGCAAUCGCAUCAUGGGGUUUGGAUUAUGUGGUCAUCACUAGUGUUGAUCGUGACGAUUUGCCCGAUCAGGGGAGUGGUCAUUUUGCAGAGACCGUGCAUAAACUUAAGGUUUUGAAGCCAAAUAUGCUGAUUGAGGCAUUAGUUCCUGAUUUUCGAGGAGACACUGGCUGUGUAGAGAAAGUUGCAAAGUCGGGCCUUGACGUCUUUGCUCACAAUAUAGAGACAGUUGAAGAGCUUCAGGGGGCAGUUAGGGAUCACCGUGCUAAUUUCAAGCAAUCAUUGGAUGUUCUAGUUAUGGCCAAGGAGUUUGCUCCUUCUGGAACACUUACAAAGACUUCCAUUAUGUUGGGCUGUGGGGAAACACCAGACCAAGUAGUGCAAACAAUGGAGAAGGUGAGAGCAGCUGGAGUUGAUGUGAUGACGUUUGGUCAGUACAUGAGACCUUCAAAGCGCCAUAUGCCUGUAUCAGAAUACAUUACUCCUGAGGCUUUUGAGAAGUAUCAAAAUCUUGGCAUGAAAAUGGGUUUUCGGUAUGUGGCAUCUGGCCCAAUGGUUAGGUCUUCAUACAAGGCAGGAGAAUUCUAUAUCAAGUCAAUGAUUGAAUCAGAUCGUGCAGCUUCUAAUUCACAGCCUACCCGACCUUGAUUAUUGUUACCAUUUUUAUUGGUCAUCUGUCCCCAACAAUCCCUACAUAAUUUAACCAUGUUGCAUGUAAGUUGACACGUUGGCAAAUUGGACUUUUGAUUUGAUGCAUUUGUCAAAUUCUUGUGCUCCUUAUCCGCUGCAGAUGUAUAUCAUUCACUGUAGCCAUAGAUUUUGCUCUGCUGCUUAAUAACAUCUCCCCUUCCUCCUGUUCUUGCUGAUCAGCGUGGGGGUAUCGCUGUUCUUGUAAUAUCGGAAUUGGAAUUAUAUUUA